UCGGUCGCAGGGCAAACGCGACGGCGACGAUGCAGCGGCUCUCCCGCUUCGGCUUCGCCCCCUCCUCCUCCAGGAGAGUCACUGACCUAAAGGAUGCUCUCUGGAGUGGUUCUUUGACCUUCCAACAUGCUCUUUCAACAUUGUCAGCAGACGAGAACACAUCUGGUAGAAAAUUUGCAAGCUACACUGUGUUCAAGGGAAAGGCUGCACUUUCUAUGCAUCCCGUACUGCCUAGCUUCAGCAAACUGGAAUCUGGAGGUUCACGAGUGAGCAGAAAUGGAUCAGUUAUGCUGACGUUUUUCCCGGCUGUUGGACAAAGGAAAUAUGAUUAUUCGAAGAAACAGAUCUUUGCUCUGUCACCAACUGAAGUUGGAAGCUUGAUAAGUCUUGGGCCUGCUGAAUCUUGUGAAUUUUUCCAUGAUCCCUCCAUGAAAUCAAGUCACGAAGGCCAAGUGAAAAAAUCAUUGUCAGUCACUCCUCUUGGCAAUGACAGUGGAUACUUUCUGAAUAUAACUGUUCUGAACAACUUGCAGAAGACAACUGAGCGCCUUUCACUCCCUAUCACAAAAGCUGAGUUUGCAGUUAUGCGCACAACAUUGAGUUUCGCAUUGCCGCACAUCUUGGGCUGGGAUCAGGUCUUGACUAAUCACCAUCCAAGUCCACCAGCAGCUAGCAAGCCCAGGGCGGAGCGCCCACACCCAGAUUCAGAGUGGGAAAGGUGAAAGGUCCCUUGCAGCUACAGCAUGGAGUGUUUUGAACAUAACUCCCAGUCACCACCGAUUAGUAUGGAAAUUUGGGAUGCUUUCGCACUUUCUUCACCUAAUCGAAAUUAGAUGUCUGUAUUAGAUUCAUGGAACUAAAGAUCGAAGGUCAGAUUUAGCACACCAUGAACUGGGUCGUGUCUGACUGCCUGUUCAAUGCAUGUCUGAACUUCA